AUGAGAGAAGUAGCCUUGAAGCUCGAGGUUAUGGCAUGGGAUUAUUCAGCUGCUAAGGGACUGGCUAAGUUGAAUUUCUCUCCAUCUCCCAAAGAGACGGACGAGUUGCUUGGGUCACCUUCAAACGCUCAACUUCUUCAUGUCAGACGUGAACACUAUGAAUCUUUUGGCCGUGCAGAGUUAUACGACGACAGCAGCUUGCAAAAUGAAAUCGAAAUUAAUGUCGAACUCGUAUGA